GCUCAUCCAAAAGUAUGUGAAAAGCUAAAAACUCUAAUGGUGGAGUGGUCAGAAGAAUUUCAGAAAGACCCACAAUGUAGCUUAAUAUCUGCAACUAUUAAAUCUUUAAAAGAAGAAGGUGUAAAUUUUCCUGCAGCUGGAUCUCAGGCUUCCACAAAUACUGCUAAGAAUGGUUCAUCGUUAAGUAAAACCAAAGAAGAUGAAGAUAUAGCAAAAGCUAUCGAAUUGUCUUUGCAAGAGCAGAAACAGCAACAAAUGGAAACUAAAUCCUUGUACCCGUCUGCAGAAAUUCAGCAAAACAAUCAGAACUCAAGGAAGGUGCGAGCUCUGUAUGACUUUGAAGCUGUCGAGGACAAUGAGCUCACCUUUAAAAGUGGAGAAAUUAUUUUUGUUUUGGAUGACAGUGACACCAAUUGGUGGAAAGGUGAAAAUCACAGAGGAGUAGGACUGUUUCCAUCUAAUUUUGUGACUUCUGACUUAAAUGUGGAACCUGAGGCAGCAACUGUGGAUAAAAAUUCUGUUCCUGAGGAUACUACAGAAGAAAUUAAGAAAGCAGAACCUGAGCCAGUUUAUAUAGAUGAGGAUAAAAUGGAUAAAACGCUGCAGGUACUUCAGAGUAUAGAUCCUACAGAUUUAAAGCUUGAUUCUCCAGAUCUUCUAGACUCAGAAGAUAUUUGUCAACAGAUGGGUCCAAUGAUAGAUGAAAAACUAGAAGAGAUAGAUAGAAAACAUUCAGAAUUAUCGGAAUUGAAUGUGAAAGUUCUAGAAGCUCUGGAGCUCUAUAACAAACUGAUGAAUGAAACACCAAUGUAUUCAGCCUACUCAAAACUCCACCAUCCUGCACAAUACCCACCUACAUCUUCUGGUGUUUCAGUGCAGUCAUAUCCUGUGCAGCCACCUAGUGGAAACUACAUGAUCCAGGGUGUUCACCAAGUCACCAUUUCCCCAGGCUAUAGCCUAGGACCGGAUCAGAUGGGGCAGUUGAGGUCUCUGCCUCAAAGUAUAAAUUCUUCUGGAGCAGCUCAGCCAGCUCAAGCUGCGUAUUUAAGCCCAGGACCAGAUUCUGUGUUAAACCAGCCGUACGUGAACCAAAACCCCAGCCUUCCAUCGGCUGCCAGCACAGCUGCAUACACCCAGCAGCAGCAGAUGGGAAUGUCGGUGGAUAUGUCGGUUUACCAGAAUAAUACGUCAAGCUUGCCUCAAGGACCAGGUUAUCCCAUGGCAGUUCCUGCUCAUUCUGUUCUUCAGCAACAAGCAAAUUACCAUCAACAGCCUCUUCUUUAAAAACAAACCAGCUCGUACUUCUGAGUUAAUGAAUAAAAGUUGCUUGACCUCAUGAUUUUUAUGAAUACCUGUCACAGGAUAU